GGUUACUAUAAUGAAGUCCCUGCUGCUGCUCGUUGCCAGCCUCACACUUCUUGAUUUUGCUCAUGGUCAGUGUGCACGAAGGGAUUACGAUCACGACAGUUUCGUAUGCGUGUGCAAUGCCACCUACUGCGACGAGGCUGGUGUGGUGACAGUGCCACCAGCUGGCACCUACACCGUCUACACCAGCACCAGGGACGCCUUGCGUCUCGAGCCAACAUCUGGGAACAUAGAAGCAACGCAAGGUCCAGGAGGCAUUUUGAUCACCGUUGACACUACAACUCAGUACCAGACUAUCGUUGGUUUCGGGUCUUCAUUCUCAGAUGCGGCAGCCCUCAACUUAAACACUUUGUCGGUUGCCACACGCGACAACGCACUGAGGUCGUACUUCGCUCCCGAAGGCUCGGAGUUCUCCGUGUGCAGAGUAACCAUUGGAGGCUCUGACUUCUCGACCCGCCCCUACACUCUCGACGAUGUAGAGGGCGACGUAGAUCUCGAAUUCUGGGCCCUCGCUCCUGAAGAUACUAACGACAAAAUCCCAAACAUCCUGAGAGCAAUGGAGCUCAGUAGUUCCGAGAUAUAUAUAUUUGGAUCACCGUGGUCCCCUCCGGCGUGGAUGAAAAGUACUGGAGAAAUCACUGGUCUUGGAGUCCUCUUACCUGAAAACUGGCAGCCGUACGCCAACUACAUGGCCAAAUGGAUUGAGGCUUAUGAGGCGGCCGGGAUCCCAGUUUGGGGUUUAACACCCCAGAAUGAGCCGUUAGAUACUGAAUUGGAAUGGACCAUUAAUGCCUGCAAGUGGCUUCCUGAAGACAUGAGGGACUACAUCCGAGACUUCUUAGGACCCACCCUCGAGGCUGCUGGCUACUCUGAUAAAAAGUUGAUGGUGUUCGAUUUCAACAGAGACAAGUUGCCCUACUAUGUUGAGCCAAUACUGAGUGAUCCCGAGUGUAGCAAGUACAUCUCAGGUGUUGCUGUUCAUUGGUAUGAAGACGACCACUACUCCCCCGACGUGCUGCUGCAGACAAGGGACCUAGACCCCACCAAUUUCCUGUUGCUGACUGAAGCGAGCACAGGUGUGCGCGAGCUGAACCCGGACAGCGUUUAUUUGGGCGACUGGCUUAGGGGUGAACGCUACUUGUUUGAUAUUCUGGAAAACCUCAACAACUACGUUGCGGGUUGGGUGGACUGGAACAUGGCUUUGGAUGAGGCUGGAGGUCCCUGCUAUACAGGAGGAGCAUUAGAUUCCCAAAUCAUCGUAAACGCCACGGCUGACGAGUUCUACAAAGAACCUCUGCACUACGCGGUGGCGCACGUCAGCAAGUUCUUCACGCGCGGCAGCACACGCGUCGACACCGUCGUCAGCGACUCUCUGAAGGCGGCGGCCGUCACCCGGCCGGAUGGCUCAGUCGCUGUCGUCGUCCUCAGCAUGUCUGACGCUGUGGAGAGCGUGAGCAUCAGCAUCGACGGGUCGCGCUUCAUCAACACGAACUUGCCAGUUAGGAGCUUCAGCAGCUUUAUUCUACCUCCUGCCUAAACUGUGACUCAUGUUAUGCCUAAGAAAAAAUUGUUCUAAAAAACUAUCAGAAUUAAUCACCGUGCCUUGUUCAAUCCAUCAAGAUUGUUCAUAAUGUAAAUUUUCAAAUCAAAACUAUAUGGUAAUUCUAUGUAAAUCUGAAAAGUGCUGCGUAAUUGCUGGGCGUAAGGUAUUUGAAAUUAAAUUCAAAUAGGUGGAGCUUGCAUAA